AUGGGGGACACAGACAAUUCAAUUCCACCUUCCAAAAAACGAGCAGCCGGACGGGAAUUAUCCCGUGAUAACCCCGGUCUCGAUGACGAAGAAGAAGUUUCCGGACAAGAAAACGCUACUUUCAAAAGAGCAAGCGAAGAAGUCAUCGCAAACCGAAGAAUCGUAAAAGUCCGCCGUACUCAACCUUCCUCUACCCCUUCCACCAAUCCUUUUGCAGCAAUCCGCCUCGUACCCCCUCCGGACCCCACCCCCACUAAUCCCCAAGAACCCGACAAAACAUCCCCCGAUAAUCUCCAAGAACCUGGGAAAACAGCUCCCGAAGAGGUUGAGUCACCAAGUAGUGUGAAUAAGGAAACAGAACCCGAAGGUGCAAGUGAGGUGAGAAAACCCGAACCAACCGAUCCUGAACCCAAAAAAGAUGAAAAGUUGGGAAAUGACGAAAGUACCCUUACUGCAUCUGUUAACUCAUUCCAACAGCUUUCGAGUAGCCAAAACGCGUUCACGGGGCUUGUGGGGACGGGAUUCUCGAGUUCGACGUUUUCUUUCGGUUCGAUUCCGAAAACCGACUCCCCGACUUUUCCUUCGUUCGGUUUUGGAACAAAUGGGAAUUCGUCUUUGUUUGGGACACCUUCCGGAACAUCUGACAAGCCUUCCGGAAUUAAAAUUCCAACUAUGCAGGAAGUCCAUGUGGAAACCGGUGAAGAAAACGAGAAGGCGGUUUUCACUGCGGAUUCUGUUCUGUUUGAGUUUCUUGAUGGCGGGUGGAAAGAGCGUGGGAAAGGGGAACUUAAAGUCAAUGUUUUGACCACAGGGACGAAAAAAGCAAGACUUGUGAUGAGGGCACGCGGGAAUUAUCGGUUGAUUUUGAACGCGAGUAUUUUUCCCGAUAUGAAGCUCACAAAUAUGGAGAAGAAAGGAAUCACGUUUGCGUGUUUGAAUAGUACGGGUGAGGGGCAAAAUGGUCUUUCCACGUUUGCGUUGAAGUUUAAAGAUCCAGCUAUUGUUGAUGAGUUCCGUGAGGUUGUGAACGAACACAAAGGAAACACCGGUGGUGGUGGUGGUGGUGGUGCUGCUGCUGCGGUGCUCAAGACGCCGGAAAAUUCCCCAAAAGCAUCGGACGAGUAA